AUGUCACCGGCCGUCCCCUCCCAUAUCACGAGGGUGACGACAAUGCUACAAUUUCCGAAUCUCCCGAACGCCCCGGGACCCAUUGAGGUGGAAGCCCUAGUGGACACCGGAGCGGACGUCAAUUUCAUCGACCGUGACUUUCUCAUAUUAAAUGGAGUGCAACCUCUGAAAUUGAAACACCCGAUUCCCCUGGCAAUGGUCGAUAGUAGCCGGAAUGUCUCCGUCACACAUGUCGUGAGACUCCCGGUCUGCUUCGAUCGUUUCAAGGAGGAACUCACCUUCUGCGUUUUCCCUCUCAAGGGCUACCAGACGAUUUUGGGGAUGCCGUUCCUCAAACAAUUCGACCCCGACCUUGACUUCCGAAGAGGAGGUAUCGCGUCGUUUCCUUAUACCCCAGAGGAGGAACCGCCUCUCCCGGAGGUCCCUGCGAUCGCGUUCGUAUCCGCGCGACAAUUCCGGAAGGACUUAGCAGAGGCGGGUCAGUAUGGGCUUCUGGCAGCCACAGCUACCAUUUCCCCAACUCCGACGAUGACGACCACAGAACUACCCGCACAAUAUGCGGACUUUGCGGACGUCUUCGCGACGGCGGAAAUGCGGGGACUACCCCCGAGACGCCCCUUCGAUCAUCGGAUCGAACUGACCGACCCGAACGCGCCGCUUCCGAAUUCGAAGCCGUACAAACAUUCACCAGCCGAGCUCGAGGCCCUAUGGGAAUAUCUGAAUAGGGCCCAGGCGACGGGCGAGAUCGUUCGAUCCUCGUCACCGGCGAGGUCCUCCGUCCUAUUCGUCAAAAAGAAAGACGGCUCCCUACGGGUCUGUAUCGAUUACCGGGCCCUCAACAAGAUCACUAAGAAGAACCGGACCCCCUUACCGUUGAUUCCCGAACUCCUAGACCGACUCCGGGAAGCGAAAUACUUCGCACGCAUCGACUUGGCGGAUGCGUACAAACAACUUCGCAUGGCAGAAGGGUCCGAAUACCUCACGGCUUUCGGUACCCGUUUCGGCUCGUUCGAAUACCAGGUCAUGCCUUUUGGACUAUGCAACGCGCCAGCUACUUUCCAGUCUCUGAUCAAUACCACCUUCCACGACAUGGUAGAUCAGUUCGUGGUCGCAUACCUGGACGAUAUCCUCAUUUUCUCGCGCACGCUCGAGGAACACGAGGACAACGUGAGGAAGGUCCUGGCCCGGUUGCGGAAGGAGCAACUCUACGCCAAACUGGAGAAAUGCGAUUUCCUGGCAACCUCGGUCGAGUUCCUCGGGUACAUAGUGUCGGCCGACGGUAUCGCGAUGGACCCGAAGAAGAUCGAUGCCAUACUCGCGUGGCCGACACCAAGAAACGUCAAGGACACACUGUCGUUCCUCGGAUUCUGUAACUUCUACCGUCAAUUCAUACGAAAUUACUCGGGCAUCGCAGCGCCACUUACCCGACUCACGAGGAAGGACGUGCCGUUCGUGUGGGACGCGACAGCGGAGGAGUCGUUCCAAGCCUUGAAACACGCGUUCACGACCGCGGACAUCCUCCGCCACUGCGACCCGAGACUCCCAUACCUGUUGGAGACGGACGCGUCCGACUACGCGUACGGGGCGGUCCUAUCCCAGGAGUUCGAGGAUGGUCUACGGCCCGUCGCUUUCUACUCGAAGAAGUUUACGCCCGCGGAACUCAACUACUCGAUCCACAACAAGGAACUCCUUUCCAUCGUACGGGCUUUCGAGCACUGGCGGGACUAUCUCGAAGGCGCCCAACACAAGGUCAGGGUGAUUACCGACCACCAACCGUUGAUGUACUUCAACACGAAGCGAGUCUUGGACCGGCAGCAGGCUCGUUGGAGCGUUAGUCUCAGCCGUUUCGACUUCUCCAUCGAACAUCGGCCCGGGGUGAAGUCCGGCAAGCCCGAUGCGCUUUCACGACGGUCCGACCACGCGCUUACAGACGCGGACGCCACGGAGGAGCGAGUCCUCAAUCUGUUCGCGGCACAACUGUGGCAACUAGAGUCACUCUCGCACGAGACUAUCCGACUGGCACAACAGUCCGACGACCAUAGUCGGUCGCUGGCGGACCGCCUCCGGAAAGACACCGCCGCCACAGGGGAGAAGGACUACAAGCUCGACCCCAAAGGACUUAUCCGCUGGCGAGGCCGGCUGUAUGUUCCCGAUACCGGCGAAUUGAGAUUGCGCAUUAUGGAGGAGAACCAUAACGCGCCGAUGGCGGGACACCCUGGCCAGACCGGGACGUGGGAGCUGGUGCGCCGCCACUUCUACUGGCCGGGCCAGCGGGUCGAUAUCAAUCGUUUCGUCGGCUCCUGUCCGACCUGCGCACGGGCGAAGAACGCGCGGGCGAAGCCCGCGGGCCUCCUGAAACCUAUCCCCCCGCCGGAGCGCCCGUGGGAGACGGUGACGCUGGACUUCAUCACGUCCCUCCCGGACUCGAACGGGCAUACGGCGAUCCUGGUGAUGGUCGACCCUCUUUCCAAGAUGGCUAAAUUCGAACCAUGUGGGAACGAUAUCGAUGCCCCGACCCUGGCCGAGUGCUUUGUGCGACGUGUGGUUUCCCAAUUCGGCAUCCCGCGAGCACUGAUAUCGGACAGGGGCCCACAAUUCACGUCCCACUUUUGGCGGUCGUUGACCGCCCGCCUGGGGACAAGUUUGAACCUCUCCACGGCUUUCCGUCCACAAGUGGAUGGCCAGACAGAGAUCGUUAACGGCUGGCUGGGACAGUACCUCCGGUCUUUCUCGUGUUACCAACAGGACGACUGGUGUGACCUCCUUCCGUUAGCCGAAUUCGCCUACAACACGUCGGUGCACUCUACGACAGGGGUCUCCCCUUUCUUUGCCAUGUAUGGGUUCGACCCCCGCGGCGGGGACGAGGCGACGGUCCCCCUGCUAAAACCGGGGGACCGCCGGUUCACCCACCACGACGCACUGGCUAAGGCCGACAAGUUGCGGUCCCUGCACGAAUUCCUACGCCGACAGAUCGCAAUCGCACAAGACAUUCACAAGCGGUACUACGAUCGACGUCGCACGUCCCCACCACAGUUCAAAGAAGGGGACCUGGUAUACCUAGACGCCCGUAACAUCAGGGCAUCCCGCCCCUCCCGAAAGCUAUCGCCCAAGCACCUCGGGCCAUUCCCGGUGGACAAAGUCGUUCGCCCGGACGUGUACCGCCUCCGUCUACCUCCCACGAUGCGCAUCCACCCAGUGUUCGACGUACAAUUACUGAAACCAGUGGCUGCGAAUCCCUACCCGGGGCGCGUGUUACGGGAGCCGGAGCCGGAGAUAGUCGACGGGGAGGAGAUGUGGGAGGUUGAGGCCAUUACGGACUCGAGGUGGUUUGGGAGAGGGCGACAGAGAGAAGUCCGCUACCACGUACGGUGGAGGGGAUUUGGUCCCGAGUACGACACGUGGGAGCCGGCCGCUAAUGUGGAGGGGUCAGGUGACUUGGUCUCCGACUUCCACACCCGGCAUCCCUCGAAACCUCGACCCCGUCCGCUCCCAUAG